GGAAGGCUGGUCCAUGGGGAAGAUGUAUGGGAGAUGAUUGUGGUCCAGGUGGUAUCCAAACACGGGCAGUAUGGUGUGCUCAUGUGGAAGGAUGGACAACACUGCCCACAAAUUGUAAACAGAUAGAGAGGCCUGAGAACCAACAGAACUGUUUCAGGGUUUGUGACUGGCACAAAGAACUGUAUGAUUGGCAGUUGGGCAACUGGAAUCAGUGUCAGCCAGUUAUUUCAAGGAAUCUUGAAAAAACAGUGGAAUGCAUCAAAGGAGAAGAAGGAAUCCAGAUGAGAGACGUUACUUGUGUCCAAAAAUCAAAUGGGGUUUCUGCUGAGGAUGUCAUAUGUGAGUACUUUGAACCAAAGCCACGCCUGGAACAGGCAUGCCUCAUCCCUUGCCGCCAGGACUGUAUUGUGGCAGAAUUCUCCCCCUGGUCAGAAUGUUCCAAGACUUGUGGCAAUGGGCUUCAGCAUCGAACUCGUCACAUUGUUGCUCCAUCUCAGUUUGGUGGCUCUGCCUGCCCUAACCUGACUGAAUUUCAGAUCUGUCACUCUACCCCAUGUACUACUGAAGAAAGCAUGCACAGCCUGAAUGUUGGACCCUGGAGUACAUGCUCAGUGCCCCACUCAAGACAUAUAAGGCAAGCAAGGAAACGAGGGAAGAACAAAGAAAAGGAGAAGGACCGAGAAAAAGGAGUACGGGAUCCUGAAGCUCAGGAGCUUAUUAAGAAAAAGAGGAAUCGGAAUAGACAGAACAGACAAGAGAACAAAUAUUGGGACAUACAGAUUGGAUAUCAGACCCGGCAGGUUACAUGUACUCACAAAAAUGGAAAAACUGCUGCCUUGAGGUAA